AUGAGGGAUUUCCCUUCUUGCUCUGGUGAAAAUGGAGUUCAGAUUGCGGAUUCUUCUUCCUCGAACGCCGGGAAAAAUGCUCAGAAUCUGGUCGUUUGUAUCUACCGUUGUCGCAUCAGAGGUAGGACUUGCUUGAUCACAGUCACAUGGACUAAGAAUCUGAUGGGUCAGUGUGUAACCGUGGGAGUUGAUGAUUCUUACAACCGAAGUCUGUGUAAAGUCGAGAUUAAGCCGUGGCUCUUCACUAAACGAAAAGGGUCCAAGAAUCUAGAGGCGUAUUCCUGUAAUAUCGAUGUGUUUUGGGAUCUCUCCUCCGCAAAAUUCGGAUCCAGCCCUGAACCUUUAGGAGGUUUCUAUGUAGGCGUUGUUGUGGACAAAGAAAUGGCUCUUCUUCUUGGUGAUAUGAAGAAAGAAGCUUUCAAAAAGACUAAUGCUGCACCUUCUUCAACUCUUGGUGCUGUGUUCAUUGCCAAGAAAGAACAUGUCUUUGGUAAGAGAACGUUUGCAACAAAAGCUCAGUUUUCAGGUGAUGACAAAACCCAUGAUCUUGUGAUCGAAUGUGAUACGAGUCUCAAUGAUCCUUGCCUCGUUGUUCGUGUCGAUGGAAAGACCUUGAUGCAGGUGAAGCGGCUUCAUUGGAAGUUCCGUGGCAACGAUACGAUAAUUGUCAAUAGUAUCUCUGUGGAAGUUCUCUGGGAUGUCCACAGUUGGUUCUUCGGGCUGCCAUCAUCACCAGGAAAUGCUGUAUUUAUGUUCAGGACUUGUCAACCUGUUGAAAAGACCUGGUCUUUCACGCAAGUCCCGACGAGCUCGAAAUCUCAAAGUUAUGGGUUUUCAUUGAUUCUGUACGCUUGGAAGAACGAGUAG